AUGGACUACAUACUCGACAAUGUCGGCGAAUGGAAGGACAGGCUUGUAAACAACUCAAUCAAGUCAUUUGAGGAAAUGACUGCUCAGCGCUGGGUUCGCAUCGUCGCCAUCGUAGGAGCAUACCUUCUUAUUCGACCAUAUCUGCUCAACGCAGCCGCCAAGAAGCAGAAACAACAACUGGAUAGAGAGGCCGAGGAGCUAGGCCUGGGAAAAAGUGAUGCGCCAGACGCGAAUGACUUCCGUGGCAAAGGCGUCAAAGUGGCAAAGGGCGAGGUG